GGCAGGGUUAGAGAGGGGACUGUCUGGCCCGGAAGAGCUCGGCAGCAGCCUAACUGACCAAGAAGGGACCCAGAUUUGGUAUAUCAUCAGGCAGAGGUUGUGAUAUCAUGGAUCUCCUCCACAGCUGGGGGGUCGAGCUGUCGGCCCAUCUGCAGGCCACGUACGGCCGGUAUCAGGGCCUGUUCAGCCUGGCGUCCACAGUGGCCGACCUGCACACCACGUACUUCUACUUCUUCCCGAUCUGGUUCCACCUGCGGAGGCACACGGCGCUCAGGCUCAUCUGGGUGGCCGUCCUCGGAGACUGGCUCAACUUGGUCCUGAAAUGGGUUCUGUUUGGGGAGCGGCCGUACUGGUGGGUUCACGAGACCCGGUUUUAUGGAGCAGGACCGGCCCCGUCUCUGCAGCAGUUUCCCAUCACUUGUGAGACUGGACCAGGAAGCCCUUCAGGUCACGCUAUGGGGGCAGCAGGGGUCUGGUAUGUGAUGAUAACAGCGCUGCUCGCUGUUGCAACAGAGAAGCGAUGCCCUCCGUUACUAUACAGAUUCUUGCAGAUAGGUCUGUGGGUGCUAAUGGGCCUGGUGGAGCUGGUGGUCUGCAUGUCCAGGGUCUACAUGGCGGCCCACUUCCCACACCAGGUAGUUGCUGGAGCCGUUACAGGUGUCCUUGUCGCUGAGGUUGUCUCGAAGAAGAAGUGGAUCUACAGCGCCAGCAUGAAGAAAUAUUUCUACACGACGCUCUUCUUGACCUCCUUCGCCGUGGGCUUCUACCUCGUCCUCAAAGCCGUGGGCGUGGACCUGCUCUGGACCCUGGAGAAAGCCCAGAAGUGGUGCGUGAAGCCCGAGUGGGUCCACCUGGACUCCACGCCCUUCGCCAGCCUCCUGCGCAACAUGGGCACCCUAUUCGGCCUGGGCCUGGGCCUGCACUCGCCCCUCUACACCGAGACCGAGAAGAAAAAAACAAGCAGCAGCUUCAAGAUGGGAUGUAUCGUUGUCUCCUUAUUUCUGCUUCAGCUGCUGGAUGGAUGGACAUUUUCUCCUGAAAAUCUUAUGACUUUCUACUUUCUGUCUUUUGGUAAAAGCGCAGUUGCACUUUUAAUCCCGACCACGCUGGUUCCCUGGGCGCUCUGCUGGAUUGGCGAGGGAAAGAAAGAAGACUAGAACUUGUGAUUUCAUGUCAACUUGUAAAGUUUAGAGUCAAUUAUUAGUUUAAUUUUCUAUGUUUACUGGGAUUGUUUGAUACUCAAGAUCAUUUAGACUUUAAGGACAAUGUCCCUGGAGUUAUUGUGCCGGCCUUGAUAUCAGAUGAAGGAAUAUGUACUGUCAACAGUUUAGGAAAUACGCUUACUCACUUUCUUAUCAAGAGUUAAAUGAUAAGAUUGAUACCACUAUGAUGUCUGUACGAUAAAUAUGAAGUUACAGCUAGCGGCUGGUUAGCUUAGCUUAAGGGAAACAGCGAAAGUACCAAAAUGUCAAUAUGUGAUUUUACAACGGGGUUUGUGUUAGGCUAAUUUUGUUUUAUAUUUUGCUGGUUGCAAGAGAUUUUAGCAUUUUGUUCUACGAUAUUUAGAAGUUUUUACGUGUCUUAACGACUAAACGUCCUCACUCGCUCCUUUAAUGUCAACAAGAGUGGAUUUUUAUACAAAUGUAAUUAGAAACUUAGAAUACAAAAGUGCUUUUUCAGCUCAAUGUUGUAUAAAUGAUGGAAUAAAAACAGCUUUUUA